AUGCGAAUCGUGUUAGCCCCAUGGCGGAAACAAUGGUGGUUCGAACAUAAGAGAAAAACAAUGGAAUGGUUAAAGCCUCACCAGUUUGCGAAAGCAUGCAGGAACCAAGCCCAUAUCUUUGCAGUUAUCAAAACCCCGGAAGAAGUCUGGCUCCCCCCGGAAGAAGAAGAAGAUGAAUCGAUAGCAAGUCGAGACCGAAUCCCUCCCGAAUUACUAGCGUUCCAGGAUGUAUUCGAGGCACAGAACUCCAAAAUUAUGCCGCCACGAAAAGAGACCGACCACUCGAUCGAACUCAAAGAAGACACAUCGCCUCCGUACGGUCCAAUCUACCCCCUCUCGCAGACAGAACUCGCAGAGUUACGGAAGUAUCUCGACGAAAACUUGACGAAUGGUCGAAUCAGACCAUCAAAGAGCCCAGCCGGCGCACCUAUCCUAUUCGUGCCCAAAAAGGACGGAGGGCUACGGCUCUGUGUCGAUUAUCGAGGUCUGAAUAAGAUUUCGGUUAAAAAUCGGUACCCCCUACCCCUUAUUUCGGAGAUUCUUGACCGCCUUUCCGGGGCUCAAUUCCUUAGUAAAAUCGACGUGCAAGAUGCAUACUAUCGAAUUCGCAUUCGAGAAGGAGAGGAAUGGAAGACAGCUUUUCGUACAAGAUAUGGCCAUUUUGAAUAUAUGGUCAUGCCAUUUGGCCUUACCAACGCACCCGCGACAUUUCAAAGCUACAUCCACACCGCGCUUUAUGGCCUUCUUGAUAUUAUUUGCAUCGUAUAUUUGGAUGAUAUUCUUAUCUUCUCUAGGACCCGCGAAGAACAUACGGAACUCUUCUUCGAUCGAAUCGAACUCGAAUAUGGAAACCCAGAGGGGAUUGUCUCCGAUCGAGGGCCUAUCUUUACAAGCAGGUUCUGGUCACGACUCUGUUACUAUUCUAAGAUCAAACUACGGUUCUCUACUGCCUUCCACCCCCAAACCGACGGACAAACAGAAAGACUCAACCAGGUUUUGGAAGAUUAUCUUAGGUGUUUUGUCGACGGAGAACAGUCGAACUGGGCUCGACUCCUUAAGAUGGCACAAUUUGCAUGUAACAAUGCUAUUAACGCAUCAACCAACGAGACCCCUUUUCGUAUGCUGCUUGGGUAUAACCCCAAUUUCCAAAUCCGAACUCCUGAUGAAAUACUCAAGAAAGAGGCCCCUAACGCCGAAGAACGAAUGAAUCACCUCCGGAACAUCCGUGAAGAGGCCGUGAAUAAGCUUCGAAUCGCACAGGAAACACAACAGAGAUCCUACAACAAAAAUCACAAGCCGAAGGACUUCAAAGUAGGAACCCUUGUAUCCCUUUCGACAAAGAACCUCCGCUUCAAAGCCAAAGAAAAGAAGCUAUCCCCCCGUCGAAUCGGGCCCUUCCGUGUCCUCGCAAAAAUCGGCGCCCAGGCCUAUCGUGUCGCAUUACCAGAAAAAUACUCAAGAUUACAUAACGUCUUCUCUGUCUCUCUUCUCGAACCAUGGAACAGCCGAAACAAUAACGACUCGCGAAUGCCAAUGCCAGAACUCGAAGACGAAGAAGAAUGGGAAGUUGAAGAGAUUCGAGAUAAAAGAGUCUUCGACGGAGUACUACAUUACUACGUGAAAUGGACAGGAUGGCCCUCAGAAUAUAACCAAUAG